UUCUCCUCCUUGUGCGCAACGACGGACAUAAAAAAAAACGUUGCAGAUAGCCAGCCAGCGACUUUGCGUAAGAUCUUGGCUCUCGAGGCGUUAGAAUGUUAGAGGUUUAUCACACUUGAGGUGUUAGAAUGCAAGAGGUAACUCACUUACGGUGUCAGAAUGCAAGAGGUUUUAUCACACUUGAGGUGUCAGAAUCCAAGAGGUUUAUCACACUUGAGGUUUCAGAAUGGAAGAGAAAAACCCGCAUCAAACUCUUCUACGUGCAUCGCAGCUGUUGGAACCCACAGUAGCACUGCAGGGAACGGCUGUUAUGCCCUCAACACACCCAACUAGAACCAGGAGCGUUUAGGUCAAUUCGAGGGCUUGUCUUUGUGGCAUACGUGGAUACCUCGUUGGGUUUAUUGUCGGAACGCUAGAGACUAGAGACACGCUAAAUGACCAGGCGGAAAGGGACAGGCACCAUGCUCCCAGAGGAGUUCGUAUCUGAGCGUCAAAUUCUGUGAAUCUCUCGUCGGCAUAAAAGGUUGCGCAACAUUUGCACCCAAAGGAAGAAUCUGGCACCAUGUUUGCGGGGAAAGUUGUAUCACCGCAAAUAUUCUCUAGUGCUGCAUCAAGGAUUGCUGUUCCGAAGACGUGCAUUCUCGCUGGGUGACAGGUUAUCUGCGGGCUGUUCAUGGGCCGCGCGGCCGACCUGUACAACCGCAAGCUCAUCAUCUUCUACGGCUUGGUGAUCUGGAACGUGGCUACUGUCUGCCUCGGCAUGUCCGAGAACUUCGUCCAGCUCCUCCUGUCGCGGAUCCUUCUCGGCAUCGGGGAGUCGUUUUCGAUGCCCGCGUCGUACUCGCUGAUCGCGGACUACUUCCCUGCGGAGUCGUUGGCCCAGGCCAACGGAGUUUUCGCCUUCGGCGUUUACGUGGGCGGAGGCCUGAGCUCCCUGAGCAUCGCCAUGGCCCAGGGGAUCGGUUGGAGGGCCAGCGCGUUCACCGUGGCCGGCUACGGCCUGCUGCUGUCGCUGCUGGUGCGCUUCACGGUUAGGGAGCCCGUGCGCACGCCCGCCGUGACCGCUCCCGCUCCCGCGAACCUUACCUCGGAGGCGGAGGAGGGGGGAGGAUACGCCCCCACCAACGGGUCUUCAGAGGACGCGGAGAAGGACUAUACCGCCCGAGAGAGGUGGGUGGCGGUCUGGAUAUAG